CGCGUGCGGGCUGGGCGCGGGUCGCGGCGUCACGUCGUGCCGGCUCCUGCCGCGGAAACCCUGAGGAAGAAAGCUGCCGGCACGCGUCGUCCUCGGGUCUCGCUCUCCCCGGGCCGCCGUGUAAUUUUUGAGCUACCAACCCGUGCAUUUUUGCGGAUAAAUCUCGUGUGUCCUGAUCGCCAUGGCUCAGCUCCAGGCACGCUUUUACACUGAAAACAAGAAAUACACAGUUGAUGAUGUUCCCUUCUCAAUUCCUGCCACUUCGGAAAUUGCUGACCUCAGUAGCAUCAUUAAUAAACUACUUCAGGCCAAAAAUGAGUUGCACAAGCAUGUGGAGUUUGAUUUCCUUAUCAAGGGCCAGUUUCUGCGAAUGCCCUUGGUCAAGCACAUGGAACUAGAGAACAUUUCAUCGGAAGAGGUUGUGGAGUUAGAAUAUGUGGAGAAAUACACCGCACCCCAGCCAGAGCAGUGCAUGUUCCAUGAUGACUGGAUCAGUUCAAUUGAAGGGGCGGAGGAAUGGAUCUUAACUGGUUCUUAUGAUAAGACUUCUCGAAUCUGGUCCUUGGAAGGAAAGUCAAUAAUGACAAUUGCGGGACAUACAGAUGUUGUGAAAGAUGUGGCUUGGGUAAAAAAAGAUAGUUUGUCUUGCUGGCUCCUGAGUGCCUCCAUGGAUCAGACGAUCCUCCUGUGGGAGUGGAAUGUGGAGAGGAACAAGGUGAAAGCCCUGCACUGCUGCAGGGGUCAUGCCGGCAGUGUGGACUCCAUAGCUGUCGAUAGCUCCGGGACUAAAUUUUGCAGUGGUUCCUGGGAUAAGAUGCUAAAGAUCUGGUCUACAGUCCCGACAGAUGAAGAAGAUGAAAUGGAGGAGUCUACAGAUCGUCCAAGAAAGAAACAAAAAACAGAGCAGUUGGGGCUGACAAGGACUCCCAUAGUGACCCUCUCUGGCCACACAGAAGCAAUUUCCUCAGUACUGUGGUCAGAUGCUGAAGAAAUCUGCAGUGCAUCUUGGGACCACACAAUUAGAGUGUGGGAUGUUGAGUCUGGUGGUCUUAAGUCAACUUUGUCAGGAAACAAAGUGUUUAAUUGUAUUUCCUAUUCUCCACUUUGUAAACGUCUGGCAUCUGGAAGUGCAGAUAGACAUAUCAGACUGUGGGACCCUCGAACUAAAGAUGGUUCCUUGGUGUCACUGUCCCUGACCUCACAUACAGGCUGGGUCACAUCGGUGAAGUGGUCUCCUACCCAUGAACAGCAGCUGAUCUCAGGCUCUUUAGAUAAUAUUGUCAAGCUGUGGGACACAAGAAGUUGCAAGGCUCCUCUCUAUGAUUUGACUGCUCAUGAAGAUAAAGUCCUAAGUGUGGACUGGACAGACACGGGGCUGCUUCUGAGUGGAGGAGCGGACAACAGGCUGUCCUCCUACAGAUACUCUCCUACCACUUCCCACGUGGGCGCGUGACGACCACGGAUAAUUUCAUCACGGACGCUUUUUCUUGUUGGGAUUUUGUUUUGUUUUGUUUUGUUUGUUUUUGAGAUUGGUAGAGUCUCACUGUAAUGCCAUAGACACUUUAUAAAUUAAACUGGUAGAGAAUCAUCAGAUUACAUCAUUAACACAGAGGCGGAAAACGCCCUUUUAAAGUUUGCAUAAUGGUUCACCCUUCAUAAUAGGGAACAUUUUACUAUUAUUGUGUCUUUCUUUUGUGUUUAUGAAAUUAUAGUAUGUGGCAUGUAUUCUCUACCUUAUGUAGACUCUUAAAAUUAAACUGGUUUAAAAUUUA